AUGACGCAUGCCACUGUUGAUUUUCGAAAUGUGUCAACGUGCAGCGUUUGGCAAACUUAUUGGCAUAACUUUACUAAUGCUGCUGCUGCUGCCGCGACAGAGCAAUCAAGCACAACAGCAACUGCAACUGCAGCAGCUGCAACAACUGCCCGCUGUUAAUUUAAAGCUGACGCCGCCCUACGUCAAUGGCAUGUUGAGUCUGAAGGGCAGUCUAUUGAGCAACACAGCGCCCGUGAAGCAAGCAGUGCCCACGCCCAGUCUGGAGCAAUCGGAUGUCAAGUAUUAUUUUCCAGCUUUGAGCGCAGAGCCGCGUGUGGCAAGCAAAAAGCCGCUGCUUACAGCAGAGCAGCAAAAUCAGCAGCGUGCAGCCGAGGUGCGCGCUAUGGUGAAGAAUCGCUUGCAUCAGCAGCUGGAGCAGCUGCACCAGGAGCUGCAACAACAGCAGCACGAUCGGCAGCAAGAAACACAAGAGCAGCAGCAGCAGCAACUGGUGCAGCCGCAAGUUCUGCUGCAGUCAAUGCAACAAAUGCCAGGACCUGUUGUCAUGCCCGCGGAGCAGGCUGAGCCAGCACAGCAGCAACAGUUGCAGUCAGCUGCUGUGGAGUCGCCGCAGCAGACGCAAGUGCAACUGGCGCCCACUACGCCAAUUGAUACGGAAAACAAUUGCAAUGCACAAAUGCAGCUGCUGCAUCAGCUAGCGGAAUAUUUUGUGCAAGGACAGCAGCAACAGCAACAGCAGCAACAACAGCAGCAGCUGCAGCAGCUGCAAUUGCUGCAAACGCAGCCAGCAGCGCUGCAACAGCAAGUGGCACCAGUUGCUCCAACGCUUGUGGAACUUGCGCCAGCUGAGUCAGCAGCGCAGCCCGACGAUGCUGAAUGUGAAACCACCGAAUGCGCUGAAGACACCACAGCAGCACCAAGGCCCAGCAGCACACGCAGACCCAAGACCACAGCCAGCAGCGUUGCUGGAACAGACACUGUUACCAUCAAAGUGGAUUUCGAUAAAGCUUCAAUGCCAACAACAACAACAGCCAAGCCCAAAGGCAAGUCCGGCAAGGCCAAGCUGCCCUGCUGCACCAAACCGCCGUCCACUGUGCUGCACGUUGCUGCCCCGCUGCUCACCAUGCCACAUAGCUUGCAACAGCUGCGUCGCUGCCGCAGCGUGCUUGAGCCGGAGCUUGAAGUCGAUGCCAUUACCACUUUGCUGCGUUAUAGACAAGAGCAGCGGCACAAGCAGACGCCACUGCGUCCACAACGCAAGCAGCAGCAGCUCAGACUUAAGACCUACGAUCAAGCGGAGCGUUUACCGCGACAUGUCUGGACCAAAAAGCAAAUAUUACAAGCCGAGGUUAAGCUCUGGCCGCGGCUCAAAAAGCAUUGAAUUUCUAUUAAUUGUUUU